CUAGUUCCACUCCAGGUGUUGAGAAAAGGGUUUUCACUCACCGGCGAUGCGCUAUUGUUCAUUAUUCUCUCGCCGAUUCCCUCUGAUGAGUGUUGAGUGGAGAGCCAGACAGCCAAUUGAUAUUUGAUCCAGAAAAUACUCUAUAGAGGGAGAUACAAAUCUGCUCCUCAUCAAGCACACAUAUAAGAUGGACGAUGGGGGCCGACGAGAAAGUAGGAGACACAGAAUGGAUUGCUCCAAAGGAGGUCAUGCGCCGUGGAACGUGGUACCUCCUUAUCAGAUGAAGGACCAAGAGGCUUUCAUCAUGAAUACGAAAAUCAGAAUGCUCUUCGCUGAACGAGACGCUGCUGUUGAAGAACGGGAUAGAGCAGUGAUUGAAAAGAAUACAGUAUUAACAGAGCGAGAUUUGGCAAUCCAGCAGCGAGAUACAGCAAUUGCUGAGCGAGAUACUGCCAUAAAAGAAAGGGACAAUGCAAUUGCUGCCCUCCACUUUCAGGAAAGCACCAUGAAUGGAACAUUGGGUUGUAGGACACGCGGAACAAAGCGCCCUAAUCAAACUAAAAAUCAUUGCGACAAUAGCACUGAUUCUGUUUGUAUCAAUAGGGAUGUGCCCUUAACUGAUGCUUUUCCUAUAUCGGCCAUUUCAUCUGAAGUUGCCAAGGCACUCCAAGUAAAGCGAACAAAGGGAAACAAAGGCAUGUCAAGGAAGUCAGCGAAAUCGCCAAGGAAGACAAAGAAAGUGAGUGAAGAUUUGAAUCGGCAUCUUACAACAGAUGGAUCUAAAGCUGAAUGGGAUGCUCAGGAUCUUGGGUCAAUAAACCAGAUCAAGUUUGACGAAUCUUCCAUGCCAAUACCUGUUUGCACGUGUACCGGAAUACCAAGGCAGUGUUACAAAUGGGGAAGUGGGGGUUGGCAGUCAUCUUGCUGCACUACAUAUCUGUCAGAGUAUCCACUACCGCAAUUGCCAAACAAGCGCCAUGCUCGUAUUGGUGGUAGGAAAAUGAGUGGAAGCGUAUUUAGCAGAUUGCUUACAAGGCUUGCAGCAGUUGGCCAUGAUCUGUCUAUGCCAAUUGAUCUCAAGACUUAUUGGGCCAAACAUGGUACGAAUCGCUACAUUACCAUCAAGUGAUACAUAAAUGUUUAGUUGGGCAAGGAGUUGCCUUUUUUUGGGGGUACAUAUUAGGUCUGGACGCUAAAGAUCCUUGAUUGGUAUCGGAAGAAGGGAAAAAAAAAGUUUUGACUAUGAUCAAAAGCCCUUUUGAGAUGUUCACGAUGACCUUGUGCUGUGAUAAAAUACCAUGCAACUUACUUUUGGAUCAGUGACUAGCAGCACUAUGUUUGGUAUUUUGUUGGCAAACUGUGUUUUGCACUUAAACCUUGUACAAAGGAGUUUCUAGGAAUUGCAGGUCUACUAUUUUGAGCUUCCCUUUAUCAUAACCAAUAAGGAGGCUUCUACAUUGUUUCAUGUUUAUCAUCUUAAUCGAAGCUUAGCGAGUUAACUUGUUCAUUAA